GCGCCGCCAUGAGCUUCCUCAUCGACUCCAGCAUCAUGUUCACCUCGCAGUUGUUCUUUCAAGGCAGCUGCGUUCGAUCUUCUUGCCCAGCAUUCCAGGUGCUGUUCUUUGGAUUUGGGUGGCUCUUCUUCAUGCGAAAGCUCUUCAAGGAUUAUGAGGUGAGACAGUAUGUGGUCCAGGUGAUAUUCUCUGUGACUUUUGCCUUCUCUUGUACCAUGUUUGAGCUGAUCAUCUUUGAGAUUUUGGGCGUGCUGAACAGCAGCUCUCGAUAUUUUCAUUGGAAGCUGAACCUGUGUGUCAUUUUGCUCAUCCUGGUCUUCAUGGUGCCCUUCUACAUUGGUUACUUUGUUGUGAGCAAUAUCAGAUUAUUGCACAGACAGAAACUACUUUUUGCAUGUGUUGUGUGGUUGACAUUCAUGUAUUUCUUCUGGAAGUUGGGGGAUCCAUUUCCUAUCCUCAGCCCAAAACAUGGAAUCCUGUCUAUAGAACAGCUCAUCAGCCGUGUUGGUGUGAUUGGGGUGACACUCAUGGCUUUGCUGUCAGGAUUUGGGGCUGUCAACUGUCCAUACACUUACAUGUCCUACUUUCUCAGGAAUGUGACAGAUGCAGAUAUUCUGGCUCUCGAGCGACGUCUCCUUCAGACUAUGGACAUGAUUGUUAGUAAGAAAAAAAGGAUAGCAGUGGCUCACAGGACAAUGUUCCAGAGAGGAGAAGUACAUAACAGACCCACUGGCUUCUGGGGAAUGAUAAAAAGUGUCACAACAUCUGUUCCUGGCAGUGAAAAUCUGUCCCUUAUCCAGCAAGAAGUGGAUGCUCUGGAAGAAUUGAGUCGGCAGCUUUUCCUGGAAACUGCCGACUUGCAUGCAACAAAGGAGAGAAUAGAGUAUUCCAAAACUUUCCAGGGAAAAUACUUUAACUUUAUGGGUUAUUUUUUCUCCAUCUAUUGUGUCUGGAAAAUCUUCAUGGCAACCAUCAAUAUUGUAUUUGAUCGUGUGGGGAAGACUGAUCCAGUCACAAGAGGAAUUGAGAUCACUGUAAAUUACCUGGGAAUCCAGUUUGAUGUCAAAUUCUGGUCUCAGCACAUUUCCUUUAUUCUUGUUGGAAUAAUCAUUGUUACCUCUAUUAGAGGGUUGUUAAUCACACUUACAAAGUUCUUCUAUGCCAUUUCCAGCAGCAAGUCCUCCAAUGUUAUUGUUCUGCUGUUAGCACAGAUAAUGGGAAUGUACUUUGUGUCAUCAGUGCUCCUGAUCCGCAUGAGCAUGCCUCCAGAAUACCGCACCAUUAUUACAGAAGUCCUGGGAGAGCUCCAGUUCAACUUCUAUCACCGUUGGUUCGAUGUGAUAUUUCUAGUUAGUGCCCUGUCUAGUAUCCUCUUUCUCUACUUAGCACACAAACAAGCCCCAGAAAAACAUAUGGCCCUCUGAGGCAGAUCUGCAGCCAUGCAUUGCUCUCUGUCCUGUCAGCUGCACUGCUGCAACUCCUGUGGAUUGCAGAACUCUGAGAGACAGGACUGCUGUAUGUGUUCUGGCAGUGUAACUGUAAAACUUGGAGAGACAGGACUACUCUGUGUGUUCUGGCUCCUUGAACCUCCACACAUGUCAUCAUCCAGCUCUGUGGCUCAUUUUGUUCAGUGCUACAGCUGGAAGGGACGUGGGUGUGUGUAUUGAACUUGAAACAGUUCAUUGCCAGGCAAUAAAAGCAAUCCUGGAUACACCACUAUCCAGGGGCAUCAGAACUUGUGGUAGGCUGGCUGAGGGAACACCUCCUACUGUUGGAACGUUAUCUUCACAGGAAGGCACCAAGAAAUGUGGCUUUUCUUUUGAAAAUCAACUUAUAAUCGGGAUUUGGAGGACAACAGUUCUGGAAUUGAAUGUUUGAAUCUGUGGAAUUAAAUCAGCUUUUGUAAUA